CGCACGGGGGCGGGGCGCGGGCGCCCAGAGUGGCUGAGGAGCCGGAAACGCGCCGCGGAGGGUGCGACCCUGAGGAGGCGGCGGGGCCCGGCGGGGUCGGGCGGAAAACGUUAGGGGAGCUGCCCCCACCCCCCCGGGGGCGCGGGGUCGGGGAGGGCGUCCGGGGCCAGCACUGCCCGGAUGAGGAACAAAACAGCGGGGCAGGCGCGCGAGCCCUUCGCGGCUGGCAGGUUGAGCACCCUUCUUCUCCCCGGAAGCUGCUGGAGGAGAGGCCGAGCGGGUGUCCCCCAGCAUGCCCCAUCCCUGGCGGGGUGCGCGGCCACCGGCCCACGGGAGAAGUUGGGCGGCCCCGAAAACGAGCGGCCGCGGUUGUGCAGUGGUUGUGACCAAGAUGCUGUAGCACGUGACCUGGAACGCACACCCCGAUGCCGGUUCCCCGUCACCUGAGCGCCCCUUUCUCUGACGCUGGGCCCUGAGCAGAUGCAUCCCGACUGGGAGGUGGGCGCAGGUGACGGCUUGGGAAAACAUCUGGCGAAUGAUCGUUUCGGGUGCCACUGGGAAGAUUACAGGAUGAAUGAAAUGAACCUGAGCCCAGUGGGGAUGGAGCAGUUGACUUCAUCCUCUGUGAGCAAUGCCUUGCCAGUCUCAGGAAGUCAUCUGGGAUUGGCUGCCUCCCCUACUCAUAGUGCCAUCCCUGCCCCAGGCCUUCCAGUGGCAAUUCCAAAUUUGGGUCCCUCCUUGAGCUCCCUGCCUUCUGCUUUGUCUCUGAUGCUCCCGAUGGGCAUAGGGGAUCGAGGGGUGAUGUGUGGGUUACCGGAAAGAAACUACACCCUACCUCCACCACCCUACCCUCACCUGGAGAGCAGUUAUUUCAGAACCAUUCUACCUGGCAUUUUAUCUUAUUUAGCUGACAGACCACCUCCUCAGUACAUCCACCCCAACUCUAUAAAUGUUGAUGGUAAUACAGCACUAUCGAUCACCAAUAAUCCUUCAGCACUAGAUCCCUUUCAGACCAAUGGAAAUGUUGGACUGGAACUAGGCAUUGUCUCCAUAGACUCUCGUUCUGCGAACACACACGGUGCCCAAAGUCUUCAUCCUAGUGAUGGCCAUGAGGUGGCCUUGGACACAACAAUCACUAUGGAGAAUGUUUCUAGGGUUACCAGUCCAAUCUCCACAGAUGGAAUGGCAGAGGAGCUGACAAUGGAUGGUGUUGCCGGCGAGCAUUCCCAAAUUCCAAAUGGCUCCAGAAGUCAUGAACCUCUCUCUGUGGAUUCUGUGAGCAACAACCUGACCACAGACACUGUAGGACAUGGUGGUGUGAUACCCAUUCAUGGGAAUGGCCUGGAGCUCCCUGUGGUCAUGGAGACAGACCACAUUGCAAGUCGCGUCAACGGGAUGUCUGAUAGUGCUCUCAAUGAUUCCAUCCACACAGUGGCCAUGAGCACUAACUCUGUAAGCGUGGCCCUCUCUACCUCACAUAACCUCGCCUCCCUAGAAUCUGUUUCUCUCCAUGAAGUUGGCCUCAGCCUAGAACCUGUGGCUGUCUCCUCCAUCACCCAGGAGGUUGCUAUGGGGACAGGUCAUGUAGAUGUAUCUUCAGACAGUCUUUCUUUUGUACCACCUUCACUGCAAAUGGAAGACUCCAAUUCAAACAAGGAAAACAUGGCCACCUUGUUUACAAUUUGGUGCACUCUCUGUGACCGAGCGUACCCCUCAGACUGCCCUGAUCAUGGACCAGUGACUUUUGUUCCUGAUACUCCAAUAGAGAGCAGAGCGAGACUUUCGCUCCCAAAGCAGCUUGUUCUCCGCCAGUCAAUUGUGGGAGCAGAAGUUGGUGUCUGGACUGCAGAAACCAUUCCCGUGCGGACUUGCUUUGGGCCUCUAAUUGGGCAGCAGAGUCACUCCAUGGAAGUGGCAGAGUGGACGGACAAGGCGGCUAACCAUAUCUGGAAGAUAUACCACAAUGGUGUCCUAGAAUUCUGCCUCAUUACAGCUGAUGAAAACGAAUGUAAUUGGAUGAUGUUUGUGCGCAAAGCCAGGAACCGAGAAGAGCAGAAUUUGGUGGCUUAUCCCCACGAUGGAAAAAUCUAUUUCUGCACCUCACAAGACAUCCUUCCUGAAAAUGAACUACUUUUCUAUUACAGCCGGAAUUAUGCUCAGCAGAUAGGUGUUCCUGAACACCCAGAUGUACACCUCUGUAACUGUGGCAAGGAGUGCAGUUCCUAUUCAGAGUUCAAGGCUCAUCUGACCAGCCACAUCCAUAACCACCUCCCUAGCCACGGCCACAGCAGUAGCCAUGGGCCAAACCAUAGCAAAGAAAGGAGGUGGAAGUGCUCAAUUUGUCCUCAAGCCUUUAUCUCUCCUUCCAAACUCCACGUCCACUUUAUGGGUCACAUGGGUAUGAAGCCCUACAAAUGUGAUUUCUGUAGCAAGGCUUUUAGUGAUCCGAGCAACCUGCGGACCCACCUCAAGAUACAUACAGGUCAGAAGAACUAUAAGUGUACUUUGUGUGACAAGUCUUUCACCCAGAAGGCUCACCUGGAGUCCCACAUGGUCAUCCACACGGGCGAGAAGAAUCUCAAGUGUGAUUACUGUGACAAGCUGUUUAUGCGGAGGCAGGACCUCAAGCAGCAUGUGCUCAUCCACACACAAGACCGCCAGAUCAAAUGUCACAAGUGUGAUAAGCUGUUCUUGAGAACAAAUCACUUAAAGAAGCAUCUCAAUUCUCAUGAAGGAAAACGGGAUUAUGUCUGUGAAAAAUGUACAAAGGCUUAUCUAACCAAAUAUCAUCUCAUCCGCCACUUGAAAACUUGCAAAGGGCCCACCUCUGUCUCCUCAGCACAAGAGGAGGAAGAGGAGGAUGACUCAGAGGAGGAAGACCUUCCAGAUUCUGUGGGGACAGAAGACUGUCAGAUUAACAAUGCUAUGUAUUCAGCAGACGAGUCUCUCUCUGCACAUAAAUAAAAGAAAAGCAACUGCUUUGGAUGGUGAAUGCAAAGGGAAAGACACACAACCAGUUAUCCACUACAAUGGUUUUUAUAAAAUGGUUUCUGAUUUCCUUCCAGCCAGUAGUCAAAACAGACCGAAUGAGAACGGAUAAAGCACUUACAGAAACAGAAGACUGUCUGAGUGGAAAUGCUUUAAAACUGACUGGGAGGGGAGAACAUGUAUCCUGUUUUUAAGUGAUGGAUAGGGAGGAAAGGGUUAGCUGUUGAAGUUUGUUCUUAAUUUACAUGAUAAUUUGGGAAAUGAAUUUAUGCCUGAGUCAGAGUGGCGUUCUGCCCAAACAAAUCAGAUUUAUUUCAGUUUCUCCCAUUACUCCUUUUUGCUGUCAGUCCUGUGACCUGGUAACACUCUGAACUUGAUCCUUGCCCCACAGCCAUCUCAAUUGCUGACCAUGUUUUAUGCAGACUAUGACUUGCUUGCAUUGCAGAGUGGGUUGGAAGAGAGCAGUGGAAGUAUUGACUGCAUCAGAGAUUUCAAGCAGCAUCUGCCCUAACUUCUCCUGGCCACUUGGGAGUUUAGGUUAGAUCUUGAUUCCCAAAUUUUUAGCAGUUGCCUACAGGGCAAAUAGGAAAGGCCUUGUCAGUCAGUGAAUAAUGAUAGAAGAAAAGGAGAGGUACCUGGCUGCUGCCCAAGAAACUAGCUUUGUGGGAAGCCAGGGUGAAUCACCUGGUUAUUGUUACCUGGAGAUCUUUGUAAGGUUUGACCAUGUCUAUCUCCUCUAACGCCUCUAGCCAUUCAGACACAGAGGACCUGGAGGUACAUAGUGUCCAAAUAAUGCCUGCUGGAUUGACAAAGAAGUAUCUCAGUCCAUGGAAGGGAAGGAAGAGAAUGCUCUUUUAUGUUUGGUUUAUUCUAUGAGAAGUUCAAGACAACAUCAAAUGUUACAACUCAGCAACAAAUGACUGCAAACUCAAGGGUGAAUUUGCAGAGUUAGGCCUUCCUAGUUGUCUGCUUAAGGACCUCACCAGGUAAGCAUGAAGGAAGCCAGUGAAUUUGGAAGAUAGAGAAGACUCAGUGGUUACCAUAUGGACCUGCGUUCAGGCCCUGGUGAGCAGGAACACAGCUUUUCUCAAGCAGACAUCCUCAAGUUGACAGUGGAUGGAACAUGACCGCCUACUCGAAGGCACAACCUCUGGGCUGGAGUAGAGGACUCUGGUGGGAAGGUUUUGCUGCUAAUGUAUUUAUGAAAUGAAUGUAUUUCAUUCAAAUCUGUAUUCCUCUAGGAAGGAUUAAAAUGCAUUUUUUUUUUUUAAAUACAGGAUUUCUUUUGCUAAUCUCACUGUCAUUUUGUGGAGGAGGAGAUGGAUGAGUCUUAGAGGAAAAUCAAAUACAACUUGAGUUUUUUGUUUGCAGUACUGGUGGUUGAACUCAGGCCCUCACUUGCUAGGUAGGCACGCUACCAUUUGAGCUGCU